AUGGCCCUCGCCGCGCUCGCCCCGUCGCGCGCCUCGACCGUGCGUAUCCGCCCGACUGAGCCCGCGAGAUGCCGCCUCGACGCGUUCACGCACCGCCGAAACCCCCGUCGCGGCGGUGGGCACCUCCGGGGCUGGCGAACGAUAACCCUCGCGAGCGACGUCGACCCCGCUGCUGCGCACCCCCCGCCGCGCUCGUUCGACCCGUCCACGCUCAACGUCCGGCACUUCAUCAACCUCAAGAACGGCGUCGAGGCGAUCCCGACCCUCCGCGCCGUCGGCAUCGACGACUACGCCUUCGUCAGGAUCCAGAGCACCUUGUGCGAAGCGGGCGACAUGGAGAAGAUGAUGCUCGAGCUCGACGCCAACCUCCUCGUGUCCCUGGCACUGGGAUACAGCUGCGUCGUCUACGAUUUCGGCAGCAGGGACAAGAAACGCGGGGUACCGCGGGCGCUCUGGUACGGCCUGGAGUUUGCCAGGUUCGCGCUGAACCGGUACUGGUUCGACGGCGACGACGCGGCCGUGACGACGGACCGCCGCGGACCGGUGCUGCGGGGCAAACGCGUCGACGACGAUUUUCGGCGCAAGCUCGCUUCGCUGUCCAAGAGCGCCAAGAAACGCAUCAAGUACUACCGCAAGUUCGUGACCCCGGAGGUGCGAGCCACGUACCCCGGGGUUCGGCUCGUGGGUGCGUACGCGGUGACGGCGAAGGACGACGACGAAGGGUUCUACGCCGAGACCCUACGCGGGUGGUGCGCGCCGACGGCUGAUGAUGCGUCGAAUGUGACAGCUGUGUCGGGAGCGGCGGCGGUGGCGGGAGGGAAGACGAAGGCGAAGGUUUCCCCUCCGAGGACGGAGGCGGAGGUGGCGGCGGCGUUGGAGGGGGCAGGGUUGUCGAUGUUCUACGGGGGCGAACACGACGAGGAGUGGACGAACCGAUGGGUGCACCACCGGGAGGCGUGACACUUACUAGAGCUCUCACAUUUUUUGGCGAGUCGGAAAAUUGUCCAA